GUAAAAUAAAUUAGUACUCAAUAUAUAAAACUCAGCAAAAGGGUCAACAGGGUCUAUAAACUGUCGCGACUUCUUUUAGUCAAACCGGCAGAACGGUGACAUCUAUGACAUCAUUCUUAUUUAAGAUCCAACCAGACACGGGAAAUUUCCGACUGCGGCGGUAAUCUCUGUCUGUCUGUCGCAUCGGGGAAUGACAAAUGUAGAGAACUUUUACCAAAAGUCUAGUGGUAACCCGGUUAUUUGAGUCAGAAUGGAAGCGGCUCCUUCCCUAGAGACGGUAACGCAAGCAAUCCAAACUUUGUAUCAUAAUCCUGAUGUCACGGCUAAAGAAAGAGCUUCGUUUUGGCUCGGAGAGUUACAAAAGUCGGUUUAUGCGUGGGAAAUAUCAGACCAUCUGUUACACAUAAGAGAUGCAGAUCUGGAGUCCUGCUACUUUGCUGCACAGACGAUGAGAACAAAAGUGCAGUACUGUUUCCAUGAGUUACCACAAGCAGCACACCAGUCAUUGCGUGAUUCUCUUCUAGAACACAUCAACAAUGUCAGUGAGUCAACAAACCACAUCAUAGUUACACAGUUAUGCCUUGCGAUAGUUGAUUUGGCACUACAAAUGGUUACAUGGAAAAAUGCUGCACAUGAGUUGAUACAAAGGUUUGGAGGAAACCCUCACCACGUGCCUUUGCUGCUGGAUAUUCUCAAGUUUCUGCCGGAGGAGGUCAAUAGCAGGUCGCUGCGACUAGGCGAUAAUCGACGUAAAGAGAUUACUGAGGAAUUGUCAAAGAGUGCGCCGCUCGUGCUGCAGCUACUAACCAGCUACAUGGAGUCAGCCCCAGGGGAGGUGGAGUUUCGUCGACAGACAGGUGUGCUGAAAUGUCUUGGUAGCUGGUUUAACCUCGGCUCCAUCCCCACAGACCAGGUGGCUCACAGCAAGCUAAUUGCCGGCAUAUUUGAGGCACUGCGCGAACCACAGAUCUCUGGUUCGUACCAUGAGGCUGCUUGUGACUGCCUCUGCGCCGCUCUGUUUGCUGUUGAGGAAGUGGAUAAGCACCAGGCUCUUUCACAAGUCCUGUUCGAGGGUGUGCUCACGUUGCCCGACGCCUACCUGGCGUCGGUCGGCGAGGAGGAUCUCGACAAAUCCAUGAACUACUGCCGCAUCUUCACAGAGAUGGCCGAGUCGUUUCUCGACUGCGUAAUCAUGACACCUAAUCAGGGACUAGGCGACCUACGCACGCUGGACCUGCUGCUGAUGUGCAUCAGUCACCACCAGUACGAGGUGUCAGAGAUCACGUUCAACUUCUGGUACCGGCUGUCCGAAGUGCUUGCAACGAAGAACGACGUCAACAAGGAAGCGCUCUUCAAGCCCUACAUCGAACGAUUGCUAACCUCACUCUGUCAGCACUCUUGUAUGGAGCCAGACGAGGAGGACAUACCCGAUGACAGUGACGAUUUUGGACACUUUCGUGUGCAGGUGUCUGAGCUAAUCAAAGAUGUGAUAUUCCUAGUGGGAUCUGCCAAUUGUUUUACACAGAUGUACGAAAGCUUAGCGUCUCAAUCGAGCAGUACUACGUGGGAUCGCACGGAGGCCGCCCUGUUUGUGAUGACAGCUGUUGCCAAGAAUAUUAGCCCGAGUGAGAAUGUGAUCGUGCCUCAGGUGCUGCAGGCGUUGUUGAAUCUGCCGGAGGACUCGCAUGUAGCAGUCAAGUACACUGGAACGCGUCUGGUUGGCGAACUGUGCGAGUGGAUUGACAGUCACCAUGAGGUGUUGGAUUCCGUGCUGCACUUCCUGCUGGCCGGACUGCAUAACCACAAGAUAGCACCGGCAGCGGCAGCAGCGUUGCUGCAGAUCUGUCAGAUUUGUCGGGAUAAGAUGUACCAGCACUUCGGCGGUCUUGUGCAGAUCAUCCAGAAUGUUGAUAGCUUCAACAUCAGCAACGAGGCAGCAGUCGAUCUCCUGAAAGGAACAGCGAUGAUACUCUCCAAGAUGCCGCUGGAGAAGAUCACAGAGGGAGCACAGCAGAUCUGCGCCGUGCAGGUCAAUCAGCUUAACGAAGUACUGCAGCAUGCCGGCGACACAAACAUGAAGCUGGACCCUGUCAUUUGGCUCGACAGGCUAGCGGCAGUGUUCAGGAACUUGCAUCCAUUGGUCAGUGAUGGGCAGGUCCACCCGUGUAAGCCUGUCAUCGAAGCAAUAUGGCCACUGCUGUCAGAUUGCUGUGACAAGUACCAGCACGACAUCAGAGUGGUGGAACGUUGCUGCCGCUGUGUCAGAUUCUCAGUGCGAUGCGUCGGAAAAGGAGCUGACACCAUUCUCCCUCCUCUAGUCCAGCAGAUGGUUCAACUGUACAGUGUACACAACCAUUCCUGCUUCCUUUACCUGGGCUCCAUACUGGUAGACGAGUUUGGCUCAGAAGAGGGCUGCCAACAAGGCCUCCUUGACAUGCUGCAGGCAUUCUCAGUGCCGACAUUUAAGCUGCUUGAGGAACCAGAUGGCUUCAGAAAUCACCCAGACACAGUGGAUGACUUGUUCAGACUCUGCACGAGAUUUGUGCAGCGAAUGCCACUGAUGUUCAUACAAGCUUCAUUCUUCAAGAGCAUCAUCAAUUGUGGGAUGGCCGCAUGCAUGGUGGACCAUCGUGACGCCAAUGCCUCUGUGAUGAAGUUCUUACAGGACCUCCUUAAAAUUGGCAUGGUGAAUGAGGAUAAGUACCCAGACCAUGCGCAGCGGAAGCAGGCGGCUGAAGCCAUCAUGCAGGAGUAUGGGCCGCAGAUGCUGCAGAACUUGCUCACAGCUGUUAUCUUCUGUCUGCCGUCAUUCAUGAUGCCGGACAUCGCAGACGUUGUCUACGCGAUCAUGCUCAUUGACCGUCCGUCUGUGUGCCGAUUUUUGGAGGCAGCACUGAAAGCAUUGCCUGUGGAAGGGUCUGGUGGAGUGGUGCGUGCCACUCACAAACAGCUGGUGGACUUUCACAAAGCAGUAACAAGUGCCGAGCACGCCAAGCAAGUCUCAUUCGCUCUGCGCGAUUUCACGCGGCUGUUUAGGUAGCGAGCUAGAAGUGCUGACCGACCCUGAAUAUAGUGCAGGAUAUAUAUGCAGUGUAUUGAUAUGAGGACAUGUCGAGAUGUGUCAGGAUACGUAGAGACACAUCGAUGCAAGUUGGAGAGUGUGAACACUGUGAGAUUCUCUGUGUAGUGUGUAUGGUGAUGUGUAAAACACGUUGCACCUGGCGACACUGAGCUGUAACACGUGAGUUUUGUGCAGCAAGAAAGGCAGAUGGCAUGCCGCUGUCAAGCUUCAAGUUGUGUUAAUAUCACACAUGUAUGAAUGCUGUGGCAAUGUCCACAUGCUGUUUACUUCCAUGCCUCGCAGAACUGGGAACCUGCUUCACAACUUGUAAAUAUUCACAUGGAAGAGGAAACACUCAAAUUUUGGUUGUUUGCUUGGAUGUGGCUGCAAUUAUGCAUGUGCGCACAACAGCCAACAUGCUACCAUCCACUAUCUUUGCUUUAAGUACCUUUUCAAUACUAUUACAGAGACACUUCAGAGGCAAGAAUUAACUAAAGUACCUUAAGAACAGUAACUGUUCAGCAUGGUGCAUAUGGCAGACUGAAAUAGUUUUGUAUGCCACAUUAAUAUUUGAGAAAUGUCACACUCAAUGUAAGUGAAUGUCUUGAUUAAAUAUCUUUCAAUCGUUUUGAUACAUUGGAAAAUCCUUCAGACCUGGCCUUUUUUGCCAGAAAAACUGGAAUGAUAAACAUGAUAUCGAUAAAAUCAAGUAUUGCAUAUCAAUCAUGCAAUCGUGAUAUAAUUGUGUUCUUUGUUGACGUAUUUUCCAACAGAAUCCUAGGUAUAAAAGGUAUUUCUUCCUACUUUCUUAGAUCACUGAUAGUAUCUGAUUAUUCUUGUUUCAAAAAACUCAAAAAUUAAGACAAUGAUUUAGCUAAGGGCACAUAUAUAUAUAUAUAUAUAUAUUUUGGAAUAAGUCGAUGACAUUUGCAUGCAGAAAUCUCUGUAACUGUUGUAUACUACAUAUUUCAAAGUCAGUUCCUUGGUUUUAAUGAGUUGUAGAAUACGAUUUAAUGAACUGUACUUUCAUAUUGUACUGCAAUAACUGCAUACAUGGUGAAAUUGUUUGCAGAGAACUAGAGCAUGUAGAGUGUGCAUGAAUGCAAGAAUGGGAGUGAUGUCGGUUAUUCAAAUUAAUUUCACUUAAGGUUCACUUUAUUUUUCCCAUGAUAAUUUGUACUGUCUUAAAGCCUAUGCGAGCCCAACUAUGAAUGAAAAAGAAUGAGCCAUACUAGGAGUGUAUCUGAUGAUUUUAUAUAUUAAGAGAAAUUACUAUUUAUUCCUUGCUGUACUGAAACUUAGGAAUUGUUAAUUGUCCAAACGGCAUCAUUAUUUAGAUAUUUUUGUCUUGGAUUUCUUACAGCGAAAUUGUUCAAGUGUGGUAUGUUUUUUAAAUACAUAGUGUCACUACAUUAUCAAUGUCCCUACCAAUGUAAAAUAUUCAAAAUGUUCUUUCACCAUAAAAUACCUGGGUCAGUAUGAUCAAAAGUAUGUAAAAGCCAUAUUACAAAGAAUUUAAAGCAGUCUAUGGUGUAGUCCUGGGCCCGUUUAUUCCAUCUGAUCUACGUUUGAACAACAGCGGACAUGAUGGUCAUAUACUACAAUAUUGUUCUUAGUUGCAAUGCUACAAUAUUCAUUGCUAAUAGGCAUCCUUCUCUCUUAAUCACAUCUUGAUCUCAGACAUCACUGCUAUAAGAGAAACCUUUUUCUAUUCUCGACUGCCUAGUAAAUUAUUGCUCCCAUCUCCUCCCAUCACAUCACCCUGAUGUGUUCCCCUACAUUUCCGUUAGUGUAUCGCAUGAACACUAUCCACUUGACCAUGACCUGUCACCUGUUUGAUGACCGGCUGCACCUAUAUAAUACAACCACAGCCAGCUAGUGAUGUUACAACAACAUACCACUUGCCGGUUCUGUUCGCACUCCGCCGCCAAACUCAUUGUAAAUAGUAAGUAGGAUGACCAGCAUAGGCAGUGAUUAAUUGCGUUUCAGGGGCUUUCUACGCUUCCGCAGUGUAGCAAAAAUACUGCGUCGUGAGGUCACGGCGUCAGUGACACGUACUGUCCGUACAAGGUGUCACAUUGCAUGCAAACAAAGUAGUGUAACCCCACUUGCCUCUCCAACAUUCACUGACACUCGAUGAUUUUUUUUAUCUUGUGUUGUCGAUUUUUACGUCCAGUACGGCUGCGUGUAAGCGUGUAACUGUUGUGCUGUCAUGAGAGCCAGGACUCCUGAGCUAGAGAGCAUGCAUGGGUUAAUUUUUAUUGAACGAUCAAGUAUAGAAAUGAUCGAGUCCUGGGUCGUAGGAGACUCAUGAUUCUGGUGCAUGGUCGUCUCUCAAUUGUCGGUCAUGACGUAUAGUGUAAGGAGAGCGCUGAACAGAUUAAUUUCAUUAAAUAAACGAAAAAUAUAAACGAUAAAAUUAUAUCUAACUCCCGACCUUCACUAUGCCAUGUCGUUCAUGUCUGCAUCACGUGCAUCCUUGAAAAAAUCUGUCGCAUGUGAUUGAUAUUUUUAAAGGAAAUCGGUUAUCACUUUGUGAAUUUAUGUUCCACUGGAGUAGUUCCGAUGUAUUGGACUCGGGUAUUUACCGAUUUUGUACAUACAAGACUGGAUGAUGUGGAUAACGCAAAUGUGGAAAUAAAUAACUUAUGUUUACUAUUUA